CCGGGAUCGAUCACCUCUUCAUUCUCCCCCUAUAAAAAGAGGAUUACAAUCUCCAAGGUUUUUCAUCAAUCAAUCAAACUAGCUAGCUAGCUCGCUAACUCAGUUCAUUAUUUGAGUCCUAAGAUUCCCUCUUCGAUCCUUGUAAAUCUUAUCUUUCUGUUUCUCUUCCUAUUAAUAAGUUAAGAAGUUUGCGAUCUUCUCAAUAAUGGCGUCCAAAUAUUCAGUAUAUACUACAACAUUUGCUACUCUGUGCUUGUUACUGCUGCUUUUGAGCUUUGGUAAUACUGAAGCUCAACUGUCACCUAGUACUUUUUAUAACGCAAAAUGCCCUAAUGCACUUUCCACCAUCCGUACCGUUAUCCGAUCAGCCAUCUCCCGGGAGCGUAGGAUGGCUGCUUCGUUGAUUCGCCUUCAUUUUCAUGAUUGCUUCGUUCAGGGCUGUGAUGGUUCAGUUUUGCUGGAUGAAACAUCAACCAUUCAAAGUGAGAAGACUUCUUUGGCAAAUAGGAAUUCAGCCAGAGGUUUUAAUGUGAUUGAAGAUGCUAAGCGUGCGGUCGAGAAGAUCUGCCCCGGUGUCGUUUCAUGUGCUGACAUCCUUGCAGUUGCUGCAAGAGACUCAUCCGCUGCAGUGGGAGGUCCGUCAUGGGAUGUUCAGUUAGGAAGAAGAGAUUCAACGACGGCGAGCCGGUCUCUCGCCGACGCUAACCUCCCGAGUCCAUUCUCCGACCUUCCGACUCUUAUUUCCAAAUUCUCUGCAAAAGGGCUCAACGCAAGGGAGAUGGUGGCAUUAUCGGGAUCACACACAUUAGGACAAGCACAGUGUUUCACUUUCCGUCAAAGGAUUUACCGUAACGGCACCGAUAUCGAUAAGGGAUUCGCCAGCACCCGCAGAAGGUCUUGCCCGCAAACCGGCGGAGACAGCAACUUGGCCCCACUCGAUCUGGUCACACCGAAUUCGUUCGAUAACAACUACUUCAGAAACUUGCAGCAAAAGAAAGGUCUUCUCAUUUCAGACCAAGUAUUGCUCAGUGGAGGCACCACCGACAGUCACGUCAACGGAUACGCUUCAAACCCUAAGUCAUUUUCCGACGACUUUGCGGCGGCCAUGAUCAAGAUGGGAGCUAUCUCACCUCUCACUGGUCGAAACGGGAUUAUAAGGAAGAUCUGCAGUGCCGUUAACUAAAUCAUGGUGGCAUAUAAUAUGAAUUUUUUUUUUUUGUUUUCUUUGUUUGUUUAUUGAAAUGUGCAUAGAAAUUUAAAGUUUCAUUUUUUUUUAGUUCUUUUUGGUGUGUUAAAUGUAUUGUGUUUGCUGCAAUCAAAAUUGUAUCAAAUGCUUGUACCAAAAUAAAAAAAAUAAAAAAAUUGUAUGUCAUGUUUGUACUUGUAGCGUUAGCGCUACAAACGUCAUUCGUUAUAAUUUUUUUUAUAUAUAUUAAUUAAGGAUGAGA